CUACACCUGCUGAUGUUACUCAACUCUGGGAUUUCUAAACCUAGUACCGUUAGUUAAUAGAUCGGGUGAAGGUGUGGUAUAUAUACACUAUAUUUAUUGCUAUACAACAUUAUAAACUGAUAACCAAGUAAACACCAUUUUAAAGCAAUAUUAGGGCGGAUUUAUACAGAUUUCAGAGUUUACGCCACAGGAUAUGACGUCUUGCCUCCACCUCUUGUCCAUCACAGCUCAGUGGGUCCAGUUUAAUUUAACAGGGUAGCUCGUUUAACACCGCUUAAUAAAAACAGACAGCAAAAUCAGGGAAUUUGUUACCUUUCUCUUUUUAAAAAAUGGCCCAGCUGCAGGCCUGUUUGCAGCCUAACAACAGCCGUCUGCAGAUCGGAUAGUGCGGAGGACUUUUGAGUGACUGCACCUCGCUAGCGUUACGCAGCUGCCUGACACCAAAGCUAAUCGGCUAUCUCACGUUAGCUGCAGCGGGUCGCUUGGCCAUAUGAUAUUGACGCUCAGUGCACAGGUACAGACCUCUAGAGACAGCGAUUGGAUCAGCAGAAUAACCCCCGUUAUACGUUGCAAUGGACAAAGAAGAAGCAGACCGGCUGAUAGAGAAGGCGAAGCUGUGUUUACGGUCAGGACGGAAAGAUCGGGCUCUGCAGCUGCUCUAUGAAGCCCAGAAUAUUUACCCCAGCACCCGUGCCAGAGUGCUAAUAGAUGCCAUAGUGAGGAAUGGAGGCACCGCUGCUCCACAAUCAAACCACGUUCCCCCGCCAGCAGGCUGGAGAGACGAGGACCUUGGAAACGAUGAACCAAGUCGUGCGAGCGUUGAUGACAAGAAGAGCUACACCGAGGAUCAACGCCAGGGGGUUCUCAGGAUAAAGAAUUGCAAGGACUUUUAUGAAAUUCUCGGUGUUACCAAAAAUGCCAGUGAUGAGGAUUUGAAGAAGGCGUACAGGAAGCUGGCCCUCAAAUUUCACCCGGACAAGAACUUUGCUCCAGGAGCUACGGAUGCUUUCAAAGCAAUAGGCAACGCAUAUGCAGUGCUGAGCAACCCAGAGAAGAGGCAGCAGUAUGAUCAAUACGGAGAUCAAUCUGCUGCUUCGAACGCACCCCAACCCUCUAGCCACAGUCGCCAUGGAUACUACAGAAGCUUCAACCGAGACUUCGAGGCCGACAUUUCCCCCGAGGAACUCUUCAACAUUUUCUUUGGAGGAAGAUUUCCAACAGGAAAUAUCCACAUGUACACCAACCAGGGAGCCUCCUACUCUCAGUUCUAUCAGCCUCGUCGUCGACGUGCUUAUGAGAGGCGCGAGGAGGUGGUGGUGGAGGAGAACCAGAGUCAGAACACCUUCACUGCGCUGCUGCAGCUUCUACCUGUGCUGGUGCUAAUCCUUAUAUCAGUGUUUACUCAGAUGAUGGCCACUAACCCGCCCUACAGUCUCUUCUAUAAGCCGGCCAUCGGGCUGGUGGUGUCCAGGGAAACGCAGCACAUGGGUGUGCCGUACUACGUGGAUAAAAGUUUUGAGAAAGAAUACAGAGGCGCGGGGCUGGAUGAACUAGAGAAGACAAUCGAGAGCGACUACAUCGAGCACCUGCAGAACAGCUGCUGGAAAGAGAAACAGCAGAAAUCCGACCUGGCAAACCUCGGGCAGCUGUACCGAGACGAGCGGUUAAAGCAGAAGGCGGAGUCGAUGAGGCUGGACAACUGUGACAAACUCCAUCGAUUAAUCGGGCGUCAGAGAGCCAAAUGAGGACCGUUUGAGAGGAGAACGUGUUUCUUUGCAGACUUUACAAUAACACAUUUUAUCGAAAUGUGUGAUUUUAAUCUGGCCACUUUGUAAAGAAACCUCUUUUAGGUGCAGCGCAGUCGGUGGGAGAUUAUGCCACUGGAAACAAUGUGCCUUCUCUUCUCUUUGAUGGUAGGAAAUAAGAGUUGCAUGUUAGCUGCCAACCCUGGCCGUGGUGGUGGUGGUGGUAGCAGCAUCAGGUGCAAACUCACUGUGGCAGUGUGACGAUGUCUCGGAGCCUUUAAACUUUCUUAUAGAAAUGGCAUGACACACAUAUGGGAGUCUCCUUUUGGGGUUAUGAAGGCAGUAGUAUGUUCACACGUACAUGUUUCAUUUGUUUAGGUUUUAUUGUAUUUAUUUUGUUGAAUGUUUCGUGUGUCCUGGCUGAAAUUCUAGAAGUAUUUAUUUCUUAGUUAAUAGAGUGAAUGUUACUUGAGGAUCUUGGCUAAUCUGUUUGCUAUAGGUUCAACAACUUAAAUAAUACUGUAGUCUUUGGACAAAUCGGAGAGCUUCUUUACUGUGAAAUGAAGGGCCUUAUUAUUUAUUAUUACAGACAAAUCAGAUUAACUAUAAUGUGGUUAUUUAGGCGAUUUGACCUUAAUCAAUAGUAAAGGCACAGUAAAACAUUUAUCACUAGCACAUUUAUCUUAUUGUGUUAUCUUUAAAGUUGUCCCUGCCCAACAGAAUUGCUUCAUUUUCAUUGGUCAUUAAGCUUCCUGUAUUCAGGAAGUCUCAGUAUUUCAGCUGCAGGCAAAUGUGUACGUUUGAGGUUAAACGGUGACUGUUAUAAAAAAGAGGGCCAUGCUUCGAAUAAUACAUUUGAUUUGUCACAAGCAGGGAGUCCAUUUCAACCAAAAAGCCCAUCACAGUCCUGCACGUGGGUUCUGGUAGAUACAUGAAGCUCAAUUGUGAGCAACAUCUGUAGAUAAACUGGGCGGAAAUGUCAUGCAAUACCUUCAUUUCUUAAAACCGUGCACAAGCUUAAAUACUUCUGUUCACGGACCAAUGAUAUCCGGCCCAUAUUUUAUAAAUCUUUUAUAAAUUCUGCACCUUUUAAUUUAUACAGACGUUUUAUAAAGAAGAAUCGUUUUGUUUAGAAAACGUUUAAAUUGUGUUUGGAAAUCCUACAAAAUAUCUGUGGACAUUAAUCGGCUCUCUUCCGCAGCUAGGAAUCAGAAUUGCGGCUUUGUCAGAUCUGGUCGGGAGUAGGACGCUAACUUUGACGAGUUGUUUCUUAAAUUCUUUACAGAUGAUUCAAACCCUAUACAGACAUUAACACUCGUUUCUGUUCCCCUGCCAUACUGCCUUCGCUGUUACGUUACAAAAUGUUCAGGUUUAUUUCAAGCAUUUUUAAGUUCUUAUUUGAUCCCGUGUUCCCUACUGUUGCUGUUGCAUGAAACCCUUGUGAGUCUUUUAUUAGUUGCAUAUUUAUUUCUUAUUGUGAACACAUCUUAAUGACAACUGACACAGUAAAGGAUAAUUUGUUAGAAUAUUCAGGUCCUCACAGUCGCUCACAAACAUGUACAAACUUUGCCGUGACACGCAGAGGUCAGGUAUUGGUAAGGAUUUGGUAGUACACUUAAGGAACACUAAAGAAAUCCGUUUUAAGACAAAUAUACCUGACAAUUAAAGAUGUAAUCAGAAUA